AUGGUGAGCAUCGCCAUCGCUUUCUCUCCCUCUUCUCUUUUUCGCCUCUUCAUUUUUCUUUUCCUGCAAAGUGAGGAGGAGGAGACUAUGAGUACACACGAGAUCCGCCGAUCGAUUAUGAGGGAGCUGGAAGUGGUGGAGAAGGAGAAGUUCCGGCUAGCUCCUCCCCGGAGCCGGAGGAAUCCCCGGGCUGUGCGCCGCAAGGGAGAGAAGAAGCCGCCUACAAUAGUGGAUGAGUUCUUGGAUCAGUCUUCUGCAGUGCAUGAUAUGUUCUUCCCAGAACUGAAUACGGCUGUAGAUCCAGUCAAUGGUGGAAAUGACAGCAUGUACUUCUACUACCCUGGCAGAAUUUGGUUGGACACUGAUGGAAAACCAAUUCAAGCUCAUGGAGGAGGUGUCCUGUAUGAUAAGAGGAGCAACACCUAUUUCUGGUACGGGGAGAAUAAGGAUGGCAAAACCUACAAAGUUAACAGCAAGGGAGCAGACAGGGUGAGUUGUACCUUCCGAUGCUAUCAACACCCAUUUGUGGUCUGGGACAAACCAUAUCUGGCUGUAGAAGCACUCAACUCAAUUGUUUCACCUAAUGUGAAUGACCUUUGUCAAACUCAUAAGGUUGACAUCACUGGAGUAAGUUGCUAUUCUUCGAAGGACCUGUGGGCAUGGAAAAAUGAAGGGCUUGUCCUCCAUGGUGAGGAGAAGAAUGUAACACAUGAUCUUCACAAAUCCAAUGUCUUGGAGAGGCCGAAGGUGAUAUACAAUGAUUGGACUGGCAAAUAUGUGAUGUGGAUGCACAUAGAUGAUGCUAACUACACCAAAGCUUCAGUUGGUGUGGCCGUCAGUGACUCUCCGACAGGCCCAUUCACUUAUCUCUACAGCAAGCGUCCACAUGACUGCGAAAGUAGAGACAUGACCAUCUUCAAGGAUGAUGAUGGGAAGGCCUACCUGAUAUACUCUUCUGAGGACAACAGCGAGCUCCACAUUGGUCCGCUAACUGAUGACUACCUUGAUGUCACUGAUGUGAUGCGAAGGCUUCUCAUCGCACAGCAUCGAGAAGCUCCUGCGCUCUUCAAGCAUGAAGGCACCUACUACAUGGUAACCUCUGGCUGCACAAGCUGGGCUCCAAACACUGCGCUAGCUCACGCGGCAACAUCAGUGAUGGGACCUUGGGAGACACUGGGGAACCCCUGUGUGGGAGGGAAUGAGGUCUUCAGAUCAACAACAUUCUUUUCCCAGAGCACAUUUGUCUUGCCGGUUCCAGGGCUGCCGGGCUCAUUCAUCUUCAUGGCUGAUCGGUGGAACCCAUCUGAUCUUAGAGAUUCGCGGUACGUCUGGUUGCCUCUGACGAUAGGGGGAGUCCCUGAUGAAGCUGCAGACUACAGCUUCAUGUUCCCUCUCUGGUCCCGGGUGUCCAUUUACUGGCACAAACGGUGGCGUCUCCCUGAGGAGUGGAGGGAUUCCUGA